AUGGCCGAUACUAUGGAUUCCAAAGAGCUCGAAGUUGAAAAGGUCACCCCUACCGUGAAAAUGGAAGAGGAAGGGGGAGAGGAGACUUCUGACUUAAAAGAGCCAGAGGAGAUUAUUGAGAAUGUCGAGUACAGCUACGAAUCGCAUCGGUCUCCGUUUCCAGAGGUCAGAUCUGUUGUUCCCGAAACAGACGAUCCCAGCAUGCCCGUCAAUACCGUGCGCAUGUGGGUUCUGGGAGUGAUGUUCACGGUUCUUGGCUCCGGCAUCAACCAAGCUACUUGCUUACCCGAUGGGUGUCUUCUUGGCAAAAACACUUCCCUGGCUACCAUUUCGUUUGGGCCCCUUGGCACAUUCACGCUCAACCCAGACCGGAAAUUCAAUAUCAAGGAACAUGCACUGAUUGUUAUUAUGAGCAAUGUUUCCUUUGGGUAUGCAACUGCUGACUCGACAAACAUUAUCCAAGCCGCCAGCGCAAACUUCUACAAUUUUAAGCUGAAGACAGGCUUCUACGUCUUGAUAGUCCUAUGCGCACAGCUCCUCGGCUUCGGAGUCGCUGGGCUCGCGGCUCCGUGGCUGGUUGAGCCAGCUCGUAUCAUUUGGCCCGGCGUACUGUCCAAUUGCGCUAUGCUGGAAACUCUGCAUUCGCGCAGCAACACAGUGGCAAAUGGAUGGCGCGUCUCUCGUCUGCGCUUCUUCCUCUUUGUCACAGGGGGUGGGUUCCUCUGGUACUUCUUCCCAGGUCUGAUAUUCACAGCAUUGUCCUAUUUUACAUGGGUCUGCUGGAUCGCCCCCAAGAACGUCGUUGUGAAUCAUCUAUUUGGCAUGCAAACUGGAUUAGGACUUAGCCCGAUCACAUUCGACUGGAGCCAAAUCGCGUACAACACCAACCCUCUCCUAUCUCCGUCAUGGGCUGCAAUCAACGUAUUUGCUGGAUUUGCCUUCUUCUUCUGGAUCAUCGUUCCUAUCCUAUACUACACCAAUGUUUGGUUCACAGCAUACCUGCCCCUCAUGACCAGCGACGUCUAUGAUCGCACCGGCGCCUUUCUCGACGAAACCGCGUACCGCAACUACUCGCCGCCCUACCUCGGCGCAACAUUCGCCUUUGUGUAUGGCCCUUCAUUUGCCGCCAUCACAUCUGUUCUCUCUCAUAUUGGUCUCUGGCAUGCUCGCGACGUCUGGGCAGCCUUCAAAGGCCGCAACAAGCUAGACAUUCACGCUAGGCUUAUUCGCGCAUCCUACAAACAAACUCCAUGGUACUGGUAUGGCGGAAUUAUCCUUGUCAUCACAGGCAUGUCAAUUGCCAUGGUCGUAGUUUACGACACUAGACUCCCUGUCUACGGCAUCUUCCUGGGUUUGAUAAUUCCCGCUUUGUACAUGAUCCCGUGUGGAAUCGUUCAGGGUAUUACGAACGUCGACGCAAACCAACUCAAUGUGCUAUCUGAGUUUAUUGGUGGAUAUCUAUUCGAAGGGCGUCCACUCGCAAACAUGAUUUUCAAGAUCCUUUCCACAGAUGUCGUGGGACAGGGGGUCUAUUUCGCCAUGGACAUGAAGUUGGCACAUUACCUCAAGGUUCCGCCUCGUACGACAUUCGUGGCACAGGGCGUCGCGACGAUUCUUGGCGCCCUUACCCAGGCCGGUGUCACGCUUUGGAUGCUGGGUCAUAUUGAUGGGAUCUGCGAAUCCGAUCAGUCAGAUAAUUUUACCUGUCCCAAUGGGCGGACGGUGUAUUCCUCCUCGGUGAUCUGGGGCCUUGUAGGUCCGCGUCGGCUCUACUCUGCCGGCAAGAUUUACUCGGGACUUCUUCAUUUCUUCUGGAUCGGUGCUCUUGCUCCUGUCAUUACAUGGCUCAUGUACCGCUAUACUAAACAGCGGUUUUGGAAAAUGAUUAAUUGGCCUCUGAUCUUCGUAGGAACUUACAAUGUUCCACCUGCUACUGGAAUCAACUACUCCAGCUGGGCCCUUGUCAAUUUCCUCUUCAACCAUUUCCUGCGUCGCAAGUUCUUUGCUUGGUGGACGAAGUAUAACUAUAUUUUGGCCGCCGCUUUAGACACCGGUCUCGCUCUUAGUGAUCUUACCUUCUUGACCGCCGGGAACCGCUACGAGAUUCUCACAGCCAGAGAAAUGCCUCCCAAGAGGCGCGGAGCUCCCGCCAGCUCCUCCGCAGCAGCUCCCAAGCGCGCGCGCCAAUCCAAACUAGCCAAGGAGAACAACAUCUCCGCCGAAGAGGAGAACGAAAUCAAAGAGGUCUUCCAGCUCUUCGCAGAUAAACACGAAGAUUUCCCGAAAGAGAAAGAAGGCGUCAUUCCCCGCGAAGAUGUGCGCAAGGCAUUAGUGUACGUCCAGUCCAGUCCAGACCAUCCCCUCCGACCAUUAUUCCACUUGCUUCUGCGCCAACAACACCGCAAACUCACCCAGACUACACAUUACCAAUUCACUUCACUUCGAGAUAACACUAACAUCCCCACUUCUCGCAGAGCCCUCGGCCUCCCCCCAUCAGACUCAACCGAACUGUCCGACAUCCUCUCCGCCCUCGACCCAACCUCAAUCGGCUACGUCCCCUACAACCCAUUCGUCUCCGUCGCAGCAGCGAAAUUACGCUCCCGCGACGACGACGCCCUGGUCGCCGAGGUAGACGAUGCAUACCAGCUCUUCACGCGCGGGUCAACGGGGCCGAUUUCGCUGGGCCAUUUGCGUCGCAUUGCGCGCGAGUUGAAAGAGGACUCUGUCGAUGAUGAGUUGCUUAAGGAUAUGAUUCUUGAAGCGAAUGGUGGGGCUGGUCUUAGUGCUGGUGUUACUUUGGAACAGUUUCAUGAUGUUAUGACUCGUGCUGGGGUCUUUUAG